AUGGUCAACGCUGGCUUCGGGCUCGUGCCGGCCGGCAUCCCGGGCACCCCGGUCCCCUUUAGCCUCCAUAUUCCGAACAAGGACAUCAACCAGCUCACCACCCUCGUCAAGCAUUCCGUCAUCCCGGAGCCUUCGUUUUACAACACGCACAACUUCACAGACGGGGCCGAGUAUGCCUUCGGCGCCUCGAGGGAGUGGUUUGCCCACGCCGCCAAUGUCUGGACCAACGACUUCGACUGGCGCACCCACGAGAAGUACUGGAACACGUUCCCCCAGUUCACCAUCAACGUGACGGCACCCUCGGACGGUCAGGUGUUCAACCUGCAUUUCGCCGGCUUGUUCUCCAGCAAGUCAGAUGCCAUCCCCAUCAUUCUCUCCCACGGCUGGCCAAGCUCCUGGCUGGACUUCAUCCCCAUCUUUGAGCUGCUCGCCGAAAAGUACACCCCCGAGACACUACCGUACCACGUCAUCACGCCGUCCAUCCCGGACUAUGGACUCUCCACCCGCAGCGGGCUAACGGAGACGGAACUGGAUUUCGCCAAGGCCGGCGAGGCGCUCAACGAGCUGAUGAAGGCGCUGGGCUUUGACGCGUACAUUGCGCAGGGCGGGGACGUGGGAUCGGGCAUCACGGCCGCGAUCGCCACGCACGACGAGUGCAAGGCUGUUCACUUCAACAACUUCCUUCUCACGGCCUCGGAACGGGCAGUCGUCGCAGACCUGCCCGUCACCCCCGAGGAGGAGCAGUCACUCGCGCUCGCCGCGAGUUAUCUCUACUCGGGUACCGGCUACAUGCUGGAGCAGGGGACCAAGCCUAGCACGAUUUCGCUGGUGCUGAUGUCAAACCCGCUCGCCAUGCUGGGAUGGAUCGGUGCUAUGUACGCCGAAGGCACCAACACCCCACUCAACGUAAUCCUCCAGCAGGUAUCCUGGUACUGGUACACGAAGUCCUUCGGCCGCUCGAUGUGGGCGUACCGCAACGGCUGGGAGGCGCUGCUGCGCGACGUGAAGGACAGGAUUCCUUCCCCUCUGGCGAUCACCAACAAGCCCAUCGGGUAUUCGUCGUUCCCGGCGGAGGUGUUGACGGUGGCGAAGUCGUGGCUGGAGCACUGGUUCCCGGAGAAUCUGGUUUUCUUCCGGGCUCAUGACAAGGCUUGGAAAGCCAGGUGGUUAAAGGAACGGGACGGCAGGGCAAUCACCAGGCCGGCGGACGACUUUGACCAUCAGCAGGAGACGCUAUUCCGGAACGAAACCCUAAGGAGGCACGACGGUCUCAGCAAGGCAAAGAGCUCACUGCUGAUUCAAAUCCGGACGGGAGCGAUAGGCUUACGGGACUUCUUGUUUACACGGGGAGUCCCGGAGGUUCUGACUCCUGCCUGCGAGUGUGGCGAGGGACGAGAGACUGCCGAACACCUGGUAGUGUGGUGUUUGGCCCCACCGUUGACUAGAAGAUGGGAGAGAACUGGAAUUCGGACACGACGGGACUUUUACUCUGUUCUACACGGCAUUAAUCCCACGACUGCACGGCUCGCGAGGAGAGUUCUCGACUGGCUGAUGGACUCGGGGAAGCUGCCGAUGUACAACUUAGCCAGGAGGCUCGAGCUGGAAGCGGCGGCCUGA